ACAUCCGAGAAUUUUUACAAAGUAAUUGUCUUGUUAUUUCUUGAAAGUAUCCGUGCAACCUUGAUUGCAGUAUCGAAACAACUGAAUACAUCUUCUGUCAUAAACUAUUGGACAUGAUCGUGGCCGAAUGACGAGAAUGGCUCGAUUAUUCCUUGGGUCUAUUUCUUCUGGGUGGCAGUACUGCGCCUUUCUCCUCGCUCCUGUGCUAGCCGCCAUCUUGAAUUUUAAUGUUAAUUUCUGGAAAAAAAAUAGUUUCCUCCGAUAUUUUCGUUUACGGUCUUGUGCCAAUCCUGGAUUAUUAUUCAAGGAUUAUCUGUUGUUACUGCUCAUUCUACAAUAAAUAAUUACCUAACCCGGGUGCCUGUGCACUCCACCCUCAGGUGGCGACCCCUAGCUCCCGGCCUUCCCCUGUCCAGAGCUCUGUCUCGACUCGCUGACUAAAUGCAACGGGACCCGGGGGCUUGUGGGCAUGAAGUGGCUGGGCGAAUCCAAGAACAUGGUGUUAAAUGGCAGCCGGCGACACUCGAGCAAGUACUCCUCUAGUGAGCAGCAGCUUGUGGGCCAGAGCCAGACCCGCUCUCAGCAGCACCCGCAGAGGAGCUCCCUACGGUCGGCCACGGGCAGCAGGAGGUGUAGCCGCCGGUUCAGUGCGGCCAGCCUGGAGGCUGAGCGUCGCUAUGUCCCGUCCUCCGGCAUGACGGCCAAGGAGCUGUGUGAACACGAUGACCUCACCACCUGCCUGAUCCUUGACCCCUAUUUAGGGUUUCAGACACACAAGAUGAACACCAGGUUUCGGCCAAUCAAAGGGAGACAAGAGGAGCUGAAGGAGAUCAUUGAGCGGUUCAAGAAGCACGACAACCUGGAGAAAGCAUUCAGAGCUCUCACCUCUGGAGACUGGUCCAGACAUCACUUCCUGCACAAGUCUAAAGCACAAGAGAAGCUUUUCAAACAGCAUGUUUUUGUUUAUCUCCGGAUGUUUGCUACUGAUAGUGGGUUUGAGAUUCUCCCGUGCAAUCGCUACUCUUCAGAGCAAAACGGAGCCAAGAUUGUCGCAACGAAGGAAUGGAAACGAAAUGAUAAGAUUGAAUAUCUAGUGGGCUGCAUUGCCGAGCUUUCAGAGAGCGAGGAGAACAUGUUGCUUCGCCAUGGGGAGAAUGACUUCAGCGUCAUGUACUCCACACGCAAGAACUGUGCUCAGCUUUGGCUGGGACCAGCAGCCUUCAUUAACCACGAUUGUCGGCCGAACUGCAAGUUUGUGUCGACAGGACGUGACACAGCCUGCGUCAAGGUGCUGAGAGACAUCGAACCGGGGGAGGAGAUCUCAUGUUACUAUGGCGAUGGAUUCUUUGGGGAAAACAAUGAACAUUGUGAAUGCUACACAUGUGAACGACGCCUCACUGGUGCUUUCAAAUCCAAAGCUGGGCUGCCGGCGGAGGCUCCGGUGAUCAACAGCAAGUACGGGUUACGGGAGACGGACAAGCGCCUGAACCGGCUGAAGAAGAUGGAGCUGGGAGAGGGCAGCCGGAGCUCGGACAGUCACUCGGUCGGCUCCCACACCGACAUAGACUCUCAGGACACACCAAAAACACACACAUCUGUAAGGAAAAGGACUUCCUCUAGUAAGUUCAGCAAAACCAGGACUCAAACCAGACAGUCUCUUCCCAGGGCUCUCACCUCUACCUCACCUUCUAAACAAAGUCAUAUAGACAGUAACAGGGUACCAAAGAGACUAAGAUCCAAACCCGCCAAGUCUUCCCUCUCCAAAGUGCGGUUGCGGAGUCGGGUUUGCAGCACGGGCAGAGGGUCGGAAUCCAAGGCGGCGGCGGGGGCGGCGUCCGGGACCCGAGGAGGGGAGACGGUGGGUCCCGGGCCGGGCCGCCUCGGUCUCCGUGAGUCCAGAACGUCCUCGCUGUGUAAGGCGGGCGUGUCUGUGAAGAAGGAGAAGGAUACGGAGGGACCGGUCCAAACCGCUCUGGGCCAGCGAGGGUGUUUGACCCGCCACGCGGCCAAGGAGAACAACACGCCGACAGCCUGCGAGAGCAUCCCAAACCAGCCUUGUACUUACAGAACUCGCAGGUCCACCAGGACCCUGGUGAAGGCCCAGGAAGCUGCCGCCGGCUUGGCCGGAGUUAAACUAGAGCCGGUGGGCCUGGAAGGCCACAGCGCCGUCCUCGGUGGGGUAGUGAUUAAAACCGAGCCCGCUGACCUGGAGGAGUAUCUGGGCCACGGGCUGGGGGGUCUGGAGCUGGCCGGGCGUCUGAACACGAAAAGAGGAGCCGGUACCAGGCGCAGUCGGCUCACUCAGCUCCGUCCUGAGCGGACGAUAAAACGCGAGGACUCUGCGUACGGCGAGCCUGUCACGCCGGUGGCUACGGCCCCGGUGGCGUCCUCCCGUAAACCCGGCCACCGCCACACCGACGCCGACACGGCGGACUGCGGCACGAUGCUGCUGGGCUUCCCCGUCUCGGAGCGGCACUGGGACUACCACGGCGUGGCCAAUGGCAGCAAGCCCCUCCGGAGGAACCGGGACAAGGGACGGGAGAAGGGCCGACGGGACAAAGACAAGGGGUGCUACCGGAGCCGCAGGGCGGAGCGGCGCGGCAGGGGGGACCGAUCGCAGGGCAAGGGGAAGAAGAAGCGUCGGAUUACGCGCUACGACGCCCAGCUGAUCCUGGAGAACAGCGGCGGAAUCCCAAAGCUGACCCUCCGCCGGCGGAGGGACAGCAGCAGCAGCAAGACCAACGAGCCCAACGAGGGGGAGCCGAUCGGCACACAGCAGCAGGCCAGCAGCACCACAACCGCUCUGCCGCCCACGGGCCAGCCCGCGGGCAACUCCUCUACGUCGGCCUCCUCCAAGAUUAGCAUCAAGUUCAGUAAGGACCGCUCGCAGGACCGGGAGAGGGGCAGCUCGUGCAGCUCCUACCACGUGUCCAAGCUGAACAACGGGUUCGGAUCGCCCGGGCACCACGGUACCGGCAGCUCCACCAAGCUGAAGAUCCAGCUUAAGCGCGAGGACGACAGCCGGAGGGUCACCCAGACGCACCCCGACAACAGCUCCUUGAACGGGGAAGUGGUGGGGGGCGGGUUGGGCGGUGGGGGCUUCAGCCUGGAGGCCCGGAACGGUGGGAACCACGGAGUGCACCGGACACAGAACAUAGUGGUUGAUGAUUCUUCGUCUGAUGAGGUAGAAGAGGAGGAGGAGGAUGAUGAUGAGGAUGAUGAGGAUGACUACUUUGACGAUGAGUUUGAAGACGAUUUCAUUCCGCUUCCCCCGGCAAAACGGUUGCGUCUCAUCGUGGGGAAAGACUCUAUAGACAUCGAUAUCUCCUCCAGGAGGAGGGAAGACCAGUCUCUGAGGCUCAAUGCCUGAUAAGCUCUCUGGAUGGAAGUCGUUACUGUGUCCAAAAUGGCACCCUCUUUCCCAAACAGAAAACAGCUUUCAAUGAGCUCUUGUAGCUCUCUUCAAAAGUAGUGUACUGUCUAGUUAAUAGGGUGCUAUUUGGAACGUAGGCUCAAUCCACCUUUACAUGUAAAUAAAACACGACUCACUAAUCAACUGUCCUGUUGAUGUAAAAGAAGUACAGUCAUUUAAAAAACUCAAACUAAAAAGUUGCUGAAAAUUAAAAAAAAGAAUAAUAAUCAAAACAAGUUAUUUUUUUUCUGUACAUUUAAAGUGAAUGCACUUGUGUUUUAUUAUUCAUAAUGAACAUGAAUAUUGUAGAAAGUGUACAGUUAUUAUGGUGGCUACUCUGUCCUGAAGGCAGACUUUUACUGAACUUUAUUUUAUUAUAAUUUUUUUUUGUCUCAGUACGCAAUUCUAAUUUCUGUUGGCAAACAAAGACCUUUUUGUUAAACACUUACUAUAUGGGAAUAUCAGUCCAGUAACAUUGUGACGAGAUCGGUCUGUUUUUGGUUGUGCCUAGUUUCCAUUGUCAUAUCAGGUCUGCUCGUUACCACACAGUCCCGCCCCACCAUGGCAUUCUGGUGGGCUUAUCAACCUCAUCAUGAUCGGACGCAUUGUCUUAGUUCAAUGGGAAAACAAACUGGAAUUCUGAAUGCUAGUUGGAAUUUACUCUAACGAUGUGUCUCUUCCCAUGCAAACUGGCUGUUCUCUGGUAUUUCCAGAAGAAAAUAAAUGAUUAGCUACGUUGACUUCGUAAUUAUGUAGGAGGUGGGGAUUUAGCAUUUGUGAAGUAUAUGGGUUUGCAUUUGGUGAAGUUAUAAACUUGUUGGUAAUAAUCGCCAGCAGGCAGCCUCAACUAAAAGUACAGCUAUCAUGCUUUGAAGAAAUUGGCGUUAAAAAACAUUUAUAGAUUGAUUUUUAUAAAUAAUGUUAUUUAACUGCCGAAAAUGCUGUUUUCGGCUGUUUAUUUUCUUAGGAAGGGAUGUCAAAGGUCAGCAUGUGGAGGAAAGUCUGAGCUCAGGGAUGAUAGGCGAGUUACCCCACUAGUAAUUACCCGUCAAAAGGCCAUUCACGUACAUUUUCUAGGUGUACAUGGUAAAUUCCCACUUCCAACAAACAGCAUUAAAGCAAACCGCAAUGUUUACACUACAUUAUGAUAUGUAUUGGGUAUUUAAGGGAGGAAAUGGACCAAUGUUCUAGUAAUUUCUGCUUCACUUCUAGAGCCUCUGAUGGUUUUACCCACAUGGUAAACGGAAAGUAGCAACUUAAAAAAAAGAAAUUGCUGUAUACCCUCUUACCCAUAACCCUCUCUGGUCAAUGGAAACAUGGCACUCUGGUGGUUCAAUCAGUAACACUAAUCCAGUGGAUCCCAACCUGGGGUAUUAGGACCCAUGCUGAUACUUCACCUGUCCACAGGGGGACUUCAGUUACCAGGCUUAUUGGUUAAAAGACAUUUGCAGCACUUCUGAGUAACUCAAGAGUCUAGUAAAUAUUCAGUUGGCAGUACUGUUACCAAAAUGGUUGGGAACCACUGCAGCAAUCAGUGAAAAGGUCAAUUCAUGGGUUGAGUAGCAUACAUGUAUGUGAUAUCUGUAUGCUUUUAUUUUAUAAACAUGCAAUCAUGAAGUUAAAAUAGUGUCGAAGAAGUAAUGUAUUGAAAGACUGUUCAUGUUCUGGAAAUUAUUUAAAAUGCAUAAACAUAUUAGUAGUUUAUUAGAUCCCCUGAAGAAAGAAAAAUUACCAUUAUGGAAAAAGUAUUUAUAGAAUAAUUUAGAAGAUUAGUUACUUAAGGGCUAUAAUGCCCCACUCCCAGUCUUUCUGUAUAUUAUUUUGAGUUAUUUUAGGGCUGGUAUCCCAGACACCAAUUAAAGCCUAGUUCUGGACUACAAAAGCUGUUUCGAUAGAUAUUCUCCAUUAAACGUGCUUUUUUGUCAAUGACCAGGAAACUGGUCUUUAGUGUAAAAACUGCCAAACAUUAUCAAGGGAUCAACUGAGAUGAAUGUUAACCCCUGUUUUCUGUUCUCCUGUACUGUUCAUAUCACCAGCAAGCAGCUAAUCACAGUUAUAAACCAGGGUUGUGUUGAUUUGGGUGCUAAAUGGAACAAAAAGAGUGCUUCCUUUCCAAUGUUGAACUCGUUUUUUGUUUUCUUUUAGAAAAUGCUGUGGUAUUUAAACCUCUCCACAGGGACCCCGAGGCAGAUGCUGUUUCAUUUGUUUCGUCUAACUAGCAUGCCUGAUUCAACUUCUCAAUGAAUCACCAAUCCCUUGAAUAUGUGAAUUGGGGCAUGGUAGUUUAGAGCUCCUAGCAAACAAUAGUGAAACGCGGGUCCACGUGGAGAUGUUUGAGAACCACCACCUUAAUGAACACGACCCAGGCUAUAUUUGUACCUCCACUGUAGGGCCCCUCGGUCAGAUGGCACGUUCCCCUGCUCAUAGGACCGCAGCAUCAGCUAACAGAUUUCUAGAACACAGUGUGUGACGUGGAUAGCCGAUAUUUGAAAAUUCCUAUUUAGGCGUUGUGAGAUCUCAAUCAUGCCUACUGUCUGAGCAGAGGAAAGGGUCUAGUCUGGCUCCAUUUUUCACUCUGUACUGUUCUGGGUCUACUGUUUGUGUGCUCUUUGUUCGGUAGCCAGCUGUCUACAUUUCUGAUGGAUGGAAUUAAAAAGAAAUGUGAAUGGUUUGCGGACAUUUUAGAGUGUUCUGUGCAGUAGGGGGAAACACUUCAGCAUAAUUUGAAAGGAGGGCAGUGCUUAUGUAAGUCACAUGAACACGCCUUGUACUUAUUUAACAGUUUUGAAUACUUGAAAACAACAUUGUUUCUUUGUGAGAAUAAACUCUUUUUCUGUGUA